UCGGUCGUUUCGAUGGGUUUGGUGACAGUCUUCCCGGACAGCCCGCAGCAUCACGCAGCAUCACGCAACAAUGAGUGACACAGCCAUUUCAUUCGCCAAGGACUUUUUAGCAGGUGGAAUCGCCGCCGCGAUCUCUGAGACUGCUGUUGCGCCCAUAGAAAGAGUCAAACUGCUCCUUCAGAUCCAGCAUGCCAGCAAGCAGAUCGCAGUAGACAAACAAUACAAAGGUAUUGUAGACUGUUUAGUACGUAUUCCCAAGGAGCAGGGGUUCCUGUCCUUCUGGAGAGGCAACUCGGCCAAUGUCAUUAGGUACUUCCUAACACAGGCUCUCAACUUUGCUUUCAAGGAUAAGUAUAAGAAGAUUUUCCUGGAUGGCGUUGACAGCCGUACUCAGUUUUGGAGGUACUUCGCUGGUAACCUGGCCUCUGGUGGAGCAGCUGGAGCCACGUCUCUGUGCCUUGUCUACCCGCUCGACUUUGCCAGAACCCGUUUGGCUGCUGAUGUCGGAAAGACUAAUACGGAGAGAGAAUUCAAAGGCCUUGCAAACUGUUUAGGAAAGAUCUUCAAGUCUGAUGGUGUGAAGGGCUUGUAUCAGGGCUUCAGCGUGUCUGUGCAAGGCAUCAUCAUCUAUAGGGCGGCAUACUUCGGCAUCUAUGACACCGCAAAAGGCAUGCUGCCCGACCCUCAGAACACUCAUAUCGUGGUCAGCUGGAUGAUCGCUCACACAGUCACUGCUGUCGCUGGGUUCAUAUCGUAUCCCUUCGACACGGUACGGCGUUGCAUGAUGAUGCAGUCUGGACGUAAAGGAGCUGAUAUAAUGUACAGCGGCUCGCUGGACUGCUGGAGGAAGACUGCGCGUGAUGAAGGUGUCAAGGCCUUCUUCAAGGGUGCCUGGUCUAAUGUUCUCAGAAGCAUGGGUGGAUCCUUCGUCCUGGUGCUGUACGACGAGCUCAAGAAGAUCAUGUAACACUUCACAGAGUUACACUCUUUGAAGAAAAAACGUUCAACCCUGUGUAUUAUGUGAAUUGCAUGUGAAUGCUUUACUCGUGAGGCUGAGAAAUAAAGGUUCUUUAUUGGCAUCUAUGGUUCCAUGAAGAACCUUAAACAUCCAUGGAACCUUUUUGUUGCACAAAAGUGUUCUUUAGAAUAUUUAAAAUAUUAUAUUGCUUCUUUAGGGAAACAACGUUGGUUCUUCCAUGGCAUCACUGCAAAAACCCCUUGGAACUUUU